AUGAAGUGCCUCAAGGCAGUGCUUCGUAUUGGCUUGAUUUCGCUGUUGAUCCUGUCUAGCUGCAACAGCGCAGACACAAACGACAACAUUGAUCCCUCCAGCGAUGUCUUCAUCACCUUUGGGCAGCCCGCUAUGAACGAUACCUCGCCCUAUCCAUACCACAAGUCGAUCUCUGCUUGGUACAGCACCUUCUUGAAGGUUGCCCUGCAGCGCAAAGCAUGGCCGGUGGAUGCAUACGCUGAGGAAAGCGAUUUCGAACCGGUCUUCCAGAAGCUUCAAGCCCUUUACCCAGACAAGACAGUCAAAGAGAUUGGCGACGACCAAUGGGCUGAGCACUUCAUCUACACAGGCAUGACGCUCGCCCACAUUGCCGACGACUUUCGCAUCAACACGACCGACAAUUCGGGAGUCCGGCAGGCCAUCACUUACUACAGGAGAGCUGCCAAUCUCUUCAAGCUCGCCUAUUUCCCUUGGGUGCACGAGAAAACCAGCCGCUCUAAGGCCAAGCUGUUUGCCUGGUCGAUGGACAAGAAAGUGUUCAAGCGGUCACUCGAUUUGAUGGAUUCGGUCGACUAUUUCGAGGAUUCCACCUCGCCUCUGGCUGGAGGCGACGGCGGCAACACGCACUUGAAUCGCCGUGAUGGCGACGAGGAAGACGACAAGAGCAGAGUGAACGGUACAGAAAAACAAGUUGACGAGGACAGUCAGAGCGAGCAACAAGAUCCGAACGAGGCUGGGGAUGAGCAAAACUCCGCAGCCAUCUCGCUCCGUGUCUUCCGCGCAAAGGACUCUGAAGGACCACAGUCCGUCGUGGUCAUCAUCUCGGGCCUCGACCAUUACUACACUUUCACCUUCGAACAGGUCUCUGCUCUGGUGUCUCUCGGCUACACUGUGGUUGUUGUGCCAAUGCCCGGCACUGCCGAUUCUCCCAUUACAGGACGCGAGCCGCAGGCCAAACAAGAGUAUUGGUCCAGCAUCUUAGACUGGAUCAAAGCUCGGCCCGAAGAGUUCAACGCCAACUGCAUCAGCUUCUGGGGCAUCUCCACUGGCUCCUACUGGGCACUGCGAGCUUCUCGCGUUGAAAAGGACAGGGUGCGAAGAGCGGUGAGCCAAGGAACGGCGAGCCACUACACGUUCACUAGAGCCUGGCUCGAGGCGGCCGAGAACCAAGCUUAUCCUGCAAGCUUGCAACGCGCUCUAGGACAGGCCUUCGGUUACCCUGAUCCAGAGUCCUUCAAGAAAAACGUUGAGCAAUUUUCGCUCCUUCAUCAAGGCCUCCUCGACCAAGACGGCGCGUUUGUCCUUGCGGUCAAUGGAGAGGAAGACACGAUCUUCCCAAUCGAUGAUCAGCGCAUCCUCACCGAGCAUGGUCCAGGAGCCUGGCUUCGCUGGUUCCCUCACAUGGGACAUAAUGGCGAACCGUUCAGCAGUGCCUGGCUCUUGCGGUACUGGGAGCGACGUGGCGGUUGCUGA